CAGAAAAAAAGAUAUAUCGUAUACGAGCUCAGGUUUAACAUUUGUAUCGACAAGAUUUCAAAAUUGUAACAAUGGGACUACUUUAAAUCACCGGCCAUACGGCACAUGUUUGCAUUGAUAAGCUGUAACUAUACCCGUGAAGAGUAUGCGCAAUUUAGCUUACCAACGAUCAUUGAUAACAAAAGUUUAAAUGUGCAAACAUAUGGCAGCCAGAAACAGUUGUUCUGAUGUAGUUUCUACGAAACAGGAGAAGGAGGGUUCCAAACCCACACCGCUUGCUUUGGGAAUAAGUACCCUGAAACCGAAAUACCCGCAGUAUGCACUGGCGUCGCGAAGAACUGCGUCUUUCACGGCCGCUUCAACGCCUUGGCCAGCUGAUGCACAUGUCAAAGUGGAAGAUCUGGUGGAUGCAGGCUUAGUUUAUACAGGUGUACAGGACAGUGUUCGCUGCUACCACUGCGGUGGAGGGCUCCGAAACUGGGAACCCGGGGACGACCCAAUGGUUGAGCACGCCAAAUGGUACCCGGCCUGUCAUCAUGUACUCAUUACAAAGGGGAAAAUGUUUUUCAGGAAAGUGGAGGACGGAGAUAAUCCAGAGGAUGACACGCCUUCAAUGACAGAAGAUGUCAGAAGUGAUUCUUUGAAUUCUGCAGUGCAAGCUGUAAUAGAAAAUGGAUAUCCAAAAGAAGAUGCCAUGAGAGCCAUUUCUGUGAUUCGAAUUAAGAAUGGCCCACACGCGAAGAUAACAGCUGCUGAUAUUGCAUCUAUAUUGCUGGAAGCGGAAGACGACCCCAAUUUCUUUUUAAGUUUCGGUGUAGACAAUUCUGAACACGGUUGCUCCACUGAAGAAGAUGAAGGUAGUGUACAGGACAGUGUUCGCUGCUACCACUGCGGCGGAGGGCUCCGAAACUGGGAACCCGGGGACGACCCAAUGGUUGAGCACGCCAAAUGGUACCCGGCCUGUCAUCAUGUACUCAUUACAAAGGGGAAAAUGUUUUUCAGGAAAGUGGAGGACGGAGAUAAUCCAGAGGAUGACACGCCUUCAAUGACAGAAGAUGUCAGAAGUGAUUCUUUGAAUUCUGCAGUGCAAGCUGUAAUAGAAAAUGGAUAUCCAAAAGAAGAUGCCAUGAGAGCCAUUUCUGUGAUUCGAAUUAAGAAUGGCCCACACGCGAAGAUAACAGCUGCUGAUAUUGCAUCUAUAUUGCUGGAAGCGGAAGACGACCCCAAUUUCUUUUUAAGUUUCGGUGUAGACAAUUCUGAACACGGUUGCUCCACUGAAGAAGAUGAAGGUAUAAAUGAGAGAGAAACCAUGGAAGAGGAGAACCAGAAACUGAAAAGAUUGAUUAUAUGUCAGAUCUGUUUGCACAAUGAACAUGACACUGUUUUUCGGCCAUGUGGUCAUCUGGUUGUAUGCAAAGACUGCGCAUCCGUUCUGAACACGUGCAAUAGUUGUGGGAAAAGUAUCGAGGACAAGAUCCAAAUUAAGCGGUCUUAAGCAACUUUUUUACGAACUUUAUUGAGAUUAAUCAUCCUAUCAUUUGUUGUUGUUUUUACUGAAGAGUAUUAUGAUUCUGUGUUUCAAAUGUAAAAUAUUGUUACACAGGGAUGUAUGUAUAUUUUUGUUCAAGAGAUUAUAGUCAAUGUGGAAGGAAAUGCAUUCCUUCCUGAGUCUGUUAUGCCAGGGCCAUAUUUAUUAUUUUAUUUAUUUAUUCGGUCAAAACAGAGGUUUUUUACAACAAUGUUGUCACGAACUGUCACUAGAGUCACAUUGACCGUAUGCAUAAUUUUUACUCUUACUUUUGUUUUGUUUUACAGUAUUAUUUACAUUUGAAUUUAAUUUAUGAACUUGAAUUCUUGAAUAGAGUGUAUA